AAGCAUGCAGCUACACAACAUCUAAAUCACAAUUGAUUUUGAAAAUCAGUCGUCUAUUUUUGCAUGUUUCAUUAUGUUUCUCAGUUAUUUUGCAAGGUGAAUUUAUUUAGAUUCCAAGAUGCCGACAAUGGAUGUGGACACCGCCCUAUUGACCAUGGGUUAUGGGUGUGGUCAGGUGAUAAUCUUCAUCGUGAGCUUCUUCGUCUACAUGUACUCUGUGUCGGAGUCCAUGAGCGCUGGCUAUCUGGUGAUUUUGACGUCCUGCGAUUUCGCAACCUCCCGAGGUGAGAAGACCCUAUUGGCCAACUCCCUUUUAGGUGGAAUGGUUGCCUCCGGAUUGUUUAUUGGCCUCCUGGCGGAUCGGUACGGCAGAAAGUUCAUUAUCCGGAUAGGUUUAAUCGGAGGACUAUGCUUUUCGAUGAUCUCUGCCUUUAUGCCGGAGCUCUAUUCGCUGUCCGUGAUGCGGAUGAUUGUGGGAAUCUUCCUCUCCGGAGUGGCCUCCUUACAGGUGGGCUUCCUCACGGAGUUCCAUGCGCCGAAGUGGCGACCUUUGGCCGUCACCCUUUGCUCCCAAUCGCAGAGCGCUGCUCUGAUCUACUGCCCACUGAUGGGCAUGAGCAUCCUGCCCCAAAAUUUCAGUGUGACCCUGAGCAGCAGCUACGACAUGCGGGCCUGGCGAUUCCUAAUGUUCCUCAUCGAGAUCCCUGGCUGGAUAGCUCUUUUGGGUAUCUGUCUGGUGCCGGAGACCCCGUACUUUCUCAUGUCCGUCAGGCGUGAGGAGAAGGCCAUUGCGGCCCUCCAGUGGAUUUGCCGGAUGAACAAGAAAAAGUGGGAGGACUUCGACAUAUCCAUAAUAGAAGUUCCCAGGACAACUAUCCUUAGGGAGGGUUUCUGGAAGAAUUUGUGGGACGAGAGUAUACGGCUCUUCCAGCGCCCCUACGUCGGCAAAUUUAUUCUCUGUCUUACGCUUAUCUUUGGGAUAUUCUUCGUAUCCAUUGGAUUGGGCAUCUGGUUUCCGGUUAUCCGCAACAUGGACAACUCGGGUCACAAUAGAUUAUGCGAGCUCAUCAAUAACAACCCCACCUUAAUGAAACGUGAGCCUGAGGUGGUUAACGGGACGGAGGCAGGGCCGCCACCUUGCAACGACGUGAUGAGCAACUUCAUCGAUCCCAUCUACUAUGGCUUGACCUAUAUGAGCUGCUUCAUUCUGUCCUCGCUGUUGCUACAGUGCCUGCCUAGGAAGUAUGUGAUUGCCUUGCACCUCCUGAUUGCGUUCGUCCUGGGCAUUUCGCUAAAUGCUCUUAGGGAGCCCACCUUGGUGCUGAUCUUCUUCACGCUCAUGAUGGUCCUACCCGGUGUCCUCAUCCCGUUGGCCACGUCGGCGCUGGUGGACUGCAUGCCCACCCAUUUGCGAGGCAAGGCAAUCUGCAUGGUGCGAUCCCUGGCGCGUUUUGGAGGCGUCUUGGGCAGCACCAUGAUUGGAAUGCUGAUAAGAGUCACCUGCGAUGUAACCUUUAACAUUUUCAUCCUCGUUUUGGCAGUUUGCAUUGUUUUGGCUGUCUUUCAACCCAAAGGCCUAAAAUCAUAGUCAAAUUAAAUGUGCGUGUUUUUAUAUAAAAUAUAUAAAGUUAUGGAUUUUACGAGGUAACGUAAUCGCGACUUCUCCUGGUUGUUAAAUGGUAACAAAAAUCUAUUCAACUCUGGAAUAUGGGCUCCGUCGUUUAGGCUCAAAAAUUGAUCUGAUAAAUCUUCCAGAACUGAUUGAAAGUCCAAGAAGCUAUUCUUUCUUG